AUGAGCGUGCCCCAAGGAAGCAGGUGUGGCGGCCGACCGCGAACCAAGGCCCAGGUCACCGAGGCGCCGGCCCGCAAAGCGACCCGGCCACGCCGCGUCCAGACGCCGGCAAGGCGGCCACCCAGUGCGGAGCUGACACCGGCAAAGCGGACGCCAGCACCGUUGGCACCCGGCGACCGUCCGCCGAAAUCACCGGCCAAAAGGUUGGCGGAAGCAGCAGCUUUGACCGCAGCACCGGAUUUGGGGAACCCAGCACCAGCGACACGCAAACCGGCCCCAAUAUCGGCGGAGGCAGUGGCAGACGCGGCCUGGGCCAGUCACUGCAAAUCACCAUCACCGCAGCCACAGCCGACCAGGACACUGGCCGCCGCCUGCACGGUGGAUCACGCGGACAGAACGGACCAGGCGGACACCAUCCCGUACACCUUGGCGGAUGGAACAGUAGUCCAGAUCUACACCCGCAUAAAACGACAUCGUUUUACCCGCAAUGGGCGCAGAUGGACACUAAACUUGGACGACAAGGGAAGGGUCAUCCGCUGCGUCUGCACAGAGGUAAUUUUCCUGGCCAUCCACAUAUUUUGCGUGACCAGCCGAAUACGCCUGGUCUCCCCGGAGGAGGAGGGAUCGCAGUCUUCCUUUGGACUGCACAGCGGUCCACCGAUUCCACCUCCGCCACCGUCGAUAGGAACGAUAUCCGCAGGAUCAUCCGCUCCGCCUUCUCCGCCACCACCUCCGACACCUUUCGGCGGAGUACCUGCACUGCCGCCUCCGCCACCUGGAAGCAUACCUGCUGCACCACCGCCACCUCCGCUCAUUGGAAUACCUGGAGCACCUCCUCCGCCUCCGCUUCCGGCAGGAACCGUACCGACAGCACCUUGUCCUUUACCUAUACCUCCGGAGGUUGGAACCCUGCAAGCAGAGCGUGUAUGA